AAUUGAGAUUUCCUCACACUUAACUAACAUCUUUCCUCCUUACCCAUUUCACUUUCCAAACUAAAUUCCCAUCUACAUAAAACCAAUCAAACAACACACAUAUCUCUCUCUCUCUUUCUCUGUUCUUCCAUAUCCGCUUCUUCUUUCUUACCUUUUGCCACCAGUUUCUUCCAUUCCCAAAUCACCAUUUUUCUUUAUCUGAGUUUUUCUGUUUCUUGCUAUCAAUACACAUUUUUCUUUUCUAAAAAGAACAUCUUUUUUCUCAUCAAGAAGAUGCUUUAGCUUCUGAUACCUCGCAUGAAUUUGUUACUGGUACUGUAAGUUUCUUGAUUGGUGCAAGCAUGGGAAGGAGGAAAGGAAAGAAGUUUACUUUGACUAACAACGACGAUCCUGGAAGCGGUGAAGACGAAAAAAUCCCUGUUCAAAAGCGAAGAGGAAGGCCACAAAAGCCAUUGGUGGAUGAAGCAGAUGAAGAUCUUGUAAAGAUGGAAGAAGAAGAAGAAGAAGAUGAAGAUGAAGAUGAGACUACAAAUUCCGAUGCGAGUGGAAAGAAAAGGAAGCGAAAUAAACAAAAGGAAAAAGGGGAUUUAGUGAAAGAUGGAAGCCCAAAUGGAACCAGAUCUAAUGGUUUUCGCCAUAAUGGAAGCAGGAGGAAGAACAAACCUCAUCGAGCUGCUGAAGCUGGUGUUGAAUGCAAGUGACACCACUUUGAGUUUGUUGAUUUGUUCCCCCAUAUGGAGACCUUGUGUCAAUUUCUUGUCAUGUUCUUUUAAUGUUUUUGUUUUGGAUUAGGAGACUUUGGACUAAUUAGAGUAAAACCAUGUUUUGGGGUUUUUUGUAUGCUACAUUUGAGCCUAAAACUGGUUUCUAUCAUAUAUGUAAUUCUUCCAACAACCCUUGUGCAUAACUCGUUUUUAUUAUCUCUGUUAUUAGCAAAUGAAAAAAAACUAUUAUAUUUGUUA